UCAGAUGCAUUGAGGUUGCAAAGGAGAUGUCUAAGCUCCAGACCAAAGCAUUGGAUGGAAAACAUCCAGACCAGAUGAACACGAAUAAAGAGAGGUAUGGCUCAUACCACGGACCCGGCUAUGCUUCGCCAUUGGAUGCUAUGGAAGGCCCCAGAGAAAAGCUUAUGUACGUACUGUGUGUUUUGAGCCCAAGCGAGUCCCGGCAUCCUAACUAUUUGGCCACGGUGGAUGUGGAUCCAGAAUCGCCAUGUUAUUGUAAGGUCAUUCACCGCCUGCGCAUGCCUUACCUAGACGAUGAACUCUAUCGCUCAGGCUGGAACACCUCUAGCAUCUCCUUCGGCGACACCAGCAAGGAGCGCAACCGCCUCAUCCUCCCAUGCCUGAAAUCCGGCCGUGUUUAUGUGGUGGACACGGGCUCCGACCAGUGUGCUCCUAGCUUGUGCAAAAUCAUCGAAACCCGAGAAAUCAUCAAGAAAGCCAACUUGGGUUUUUUGAGCAGCGUACGUGACUCGGGCAAUGGAGAGGUUAUGAUCAGCUCCAUUGGAGAUGCAUUUGGCAAAGGAAAAGGUGGACUUCUCGUUGUGGACUCUGAAACCUGGGAAGUGAAAGGGACUUGGGAGAGCCCGGAAGAUGGACCGAUCGAGAUGUUUGACUUCUGGUUCCAGCCGCGGCACAAUGUCCUGAUCACCGCCGAAGGGGGGCAACCCAAAUUCUUUAGUGAUACUUUCAACCCAGUCAAUCUGAGAAAAGGGCGCUAUGGCCACCAAAUCAAUGUCUGGGACUUGACCACCCACCGCCUCCUCCAGUCGAUCAAUAUGAGUGAAGACUCAGCUCCGGUGGAGAUCCGCUUCUUGCACAACCCCAACUCAGCCCAUGGUUUUGUGGCAUGCGGCAUGGAGAGCGCCAUCCAUCAUUUCUACAAGACAGAGAACGGAUGCUGGGCGGCUGAUAAAGUGAUCCAAAUCCCAAACAAGAAAGUAUUGGGAUGGAACUACCCCGAAAUGCCAGGGUUUCUUUUUGAUUUACUCAUCUCCAUGGAUGAUCGGUUCCUCUACUUAAGCAACUGGGCGCAUGGCGAUAUUCGGCAAUAUGAUAUCACCAACCCACACUGUCCCAAACUGGUCGGGCAAGUAUUUGUGGGGAACAGCCUUGAGAAAGGGGGUUUCGUAGCCGUCCUUGAAGAUCCAGAACUAGACUGCCAACCCGAUCCCUUCGUGAUUCAGGGCAAGAAGGUCCAAGGAGGGCCUCAUAUGCUGCAGCUGAGCUUAGACGGCCACCGGCUCUACGUCACCACCUCUCUUUACACACCUUGGGACAGGCAGUUUUACCCGGAGUUGAUCAGGGAUGGUUCGGUCAUGCUCCAGCUGGAUGUGGACACUGUGAAGGGCGGCCUUUGUGUGAACCCAGAAUUCCUGGUGGAUUUUGGACAUGAACCGUUCGGUCCGGCUCGGGCAAAAGAGAUGCGCUAUCCCGGUGGGGAUUGCACCUCCGAGAUCUGGGAGUAGCGUGCAUCCUUUCCAAGUCGUCUUCAUAUUGGCAGGAGAAUUGCUUAAGAAUUGGGAUCUAUGCAAUACUUUUUUGUCCAAUGCUUGCUGCUUUGACUCCUUGUUGUAAACGUCAACAUGAGACAUACCAUUCUUGUAAUAGCAUAUAUCUGUAUCUUUCUCUGGGGACUGCUUCCUCCAUUUUCCAGCUCUGAGAGUGCCUACCUCACCAUGUCUCUAUGGCAAUCCUCUUGUGAUGGUGGGCAAGCUCACUUUGUGACUCUUUCUUUUCUUUCUCCUUAUCCCUCACAUGCAUUCUCCCUUCCUUUGCUUUCCUUCCUCAUUGUUUUUCCUCAUAACCCUUCUCCAUCUCCUUUCUUUCCUCUAUCUUUCUUCUUUG